AUGGCCCUUGUCAUUACCGGCUAUAUCGGACUGAACGCAGAUUGGCGCAUGAUAUUCUGGGUCCUGAUGGCUAUCACCGGUGUCAAGAAGGCAAAGCGGGCACGUAUGCAGAUGAAAAAGGAAAGCCUCCGAUCUGCAGAGUCGACUGUCGACGUAAACGCCAGCGGCCGAAAGGGCUUACAUGAGUUAUUCGCCAUUACCCUUACCCGACCAUUCCGGUUCCUGUUCUCCGAGCCGAUCACCACCUUCUCCGUCAUCUACAACGGAUUCCUCUACAUUCUCGUCUAUUUAUUCAACGAGACAAUCCCGCUCGUCUUUGGAGCUCCCAAGGGGCAUCCUUUUAAUGUCGGCCAGCAGGGGCUUGCAUUCCUCGGCAUGGCCAUUUGCCUCAUUGUCGCGUUUUGCCUGUACCCUCUCCAAGAGCGAUAUUACCUCCGUCAAGUUGCAGAGAACGGAGGCAAAGGUGUCCCUGAGGCGCGUAUGUGGAUGGCGCGGGGUGGUGCCAUGAUGAUCCCUGUCAGCCUGUUCUGGUUUGGAUGGACCAGCUACCGAUCGAUUCACUGGAUUGUGCCGAUCAUUGCCUCCUCCCUGUUUGGAGCGGGAAUCUACAUUGUGAUUCUCAGUAUUCUCAAUUAUAUUGUCGACAGCUAUCCAACCUAUUCUGCCUCUGCACUUGCGGGUGUGAUUCUUGUUCGCAACGUGGUAGGAGCUGGGUUUCCUCUCUUUGCGACUCAGAUGUAUGAGAACCUGGACUAUGAGUGGGCCUCUAGCCUUCUAGGAUUCAUAUCCAUUUUGUUGGUGCCCAUCCUAUUCAUCUUCUUCUAUAAAGGAAAGGCUAUUCGUCUGCGGAGCCCUUGGGCCAAAGAGCAUUUUGACCAGCACGAAGAUAGUCCACAAGGCAGUCACAAAAUGGGGUUCCCGUGA